CAAGGCUGCACCAGCCAUGUCGUCGUCACCGACGUCGCCGUCGCCUCCCUCGUCGCCACCGUUGUCGCCGCUGCCGCCGUUGCUGCUGCGCGCGUCUUCCGAUGACACCGGCGCCUGCACCGCAGCGUUCCGGCCCAGCGAGGCGAAAAUCGGCGGCGACGCGGUCGCACGCGUGGCGUCCGCGGAAGGGCCCCGGCGCUUCGGCCGCCACUGGCCACUGGCGACGAUCGUGCUGGCCGCGCUGCAGGUCUUCUUGCACUGGCAGGCGACGUACCGGCACGACCACAGCCGCUGCGCUAGCCUGGCUACGAUCUUCGAGGACGGCCACUGGAGCCGCGUCGUGUCGGCCGCUUUCCACCACGACAACCGAUGGCAGCUUGGCGUCAACGUGGUCUCGUUCCUCUGGAAAGGUGCGCUGCUCGAGUCGACCAUCGGCACGCCACUAUUCGUCGUGGCCAUGGCCAAGCUGGUGCUGAUGGUGGGUGUGGCCAACACGCUGCUCAACCUCGCGCUCGACCUGGUGCUGAACAGCUCGGCCAGAUACGACGACGCCUGCAUGUGCACCUUUGCGGGCAUUCUGGUGGCGCUCAAGGUCAUCAACGAGAAGCGGCCCACCUUCAACGCGUUCCGCUGGUGCAUCUUCGAGCUGGAGCUACCACCCCCCCGCAUCACCUGGCUCGAGCUGAUCGUACUCCACUUGACCACCUCGCGGAGCCUGAUAACGCUAUUGAGCGGCCUCCUCGUCGGACUCCUUUUUACGGAAAGCAUCAUCAGCCUUAAGCAAGGCGAUGAGGCAGCGUUGUUUUUCAAGGCGCCACUCCUGCCGACCACGUACGGAAUCACGGGCCUGCUUCUCGCCACACAUUUCUUCUGGCCUGACCUGGACCCGUGCGUCAGCUUCCGGGUGGUCUUCGAGCAACGGCGUUGGAAGCAGCUCUUGUUGCCUUCGCUCUACACCUUCAGCUCGUACCAUCUUGUCUACGUGGUGCUGUCGCUUCUCAGCCUCGGUCGCCAGAUGGAGCUCCGAUACGGCCACUACAAUUUCCUCCUGCUCGUGCUGUUCGUGGUGGUGUGCGUAAACACGACGCAUUGCCUGCUCGCGUGGAUCCUGUCGCGCCACCCAGUGGAGCUGCUCAGGCCGCUGCUCCCGCCUUCCCUGCGCGACACCUGCUUCAGCGGCUUCACGGGCUCCCUGCUCACGCUCAAGAUGCUGCGGUACAAAGAGCGGCCCGAAGCCGACUACGACUUCGCCUCAUUCCAGAUGGCCGUGCCACACUGGUUCGGCCUGGUGACCGAGGUAGCCCACCUUUACAUGUACACGGCGCGCGCCUGGCUCCUGGGCCACAUAGCCGGCAUCGCAGUCGGAAUGAUGCUGACGCUUGUCCACUUGCCGGUUCUCAGGCCCAACCAGAACAUCGGGCAGGCGAUUCUGGACUGAAUUCUCAUAAAGUGAGAAAGACGUAGGCAAAGUUCUUUCAGGGCGAAGAAGCAGCGCUUGAAAGCAACAUCUGACCAUUACGUUCAGCAUGCCAUUCAAGCCGAAUAUAUAUAUAUUUUUUGACAAUAACUCUCCACAUCAAAAUCACCGCCCGCUAGGAGUUGGACUCGUCCAGGUGGUGGAAAAAACACGCUGCUGCACAAUGCCAUCCGCAAGCCAAAUUAUGCACGCCUUUCAGACGAA